AUGACGACAUCGUGGUUUGAGAGCGCUGACCUCGUCAGUCGAUUCAAGGAGUUGCACUCAUCUAACCCAAAUGCAGGAUCGCCUUCCACGCUCAGCGCCAAUGCAAUCCCAGCGGUGGUGAAGGCUCGCCUCGCCAAAGCUGGCCUGGCUUUCCAAACCUUGUCCCCACUGCUCCAGCAAGCUGUGUUGUGGGACAUGGGGCUGAUUGUGGGCGACGUCAACGGCGUGGACACACUAAUGCAGGUUCUUGUGGGUGCGAACACCACAAUGUCCUCGAUUGCGUACACGUUUGCCGAGUUCUCGGCGUCCCCAGCAGGCAAAGGAUUGGAGCAAACAUCGUGUGCGUUCAAUGGAGGCACGCCGUUUCUUCGGCAAAAGAUCAUGGCUGGGCUGGCGCUUUUGCCGUCGUUGAAGUGCGCCGUGGAGCUGGUGAGCGUCGAUGGUCAGUCGGCACUCUUGGCCCAAGAUGCCACCAACGCCGCUACCUUCGUCCCCGAGCCACGACUGUACAAACACCAAGACGCGACCCAAGGAUGGACGAUGCCGGCAAUCCACUUUUUACCGCGCAUUGCCCAAGGCAAGCCCAUGGAAGCUCCGUGGGGCGAAUGCCCUAAGAACGCCGACCACCAAGCGUUGAUCAUUCCUUGUGAGCCCAAGUUCUUUCGAGCAGAGUCGGCCAACACGUUCCUACCACUUCCGAGCCCAGUCAUGACAGCAUGGCUAGAAGAGUUUAAAGCCGCCAACCCCCACAUCGUCUCUACCCAUACAUUGCCCCCUCCAUCAUCAACUCCGAACGUGGCCUUGAUUGUCUGUGUGGUCGCCUCAGGUCUCAUCGCAGCCCUCUUGAUCUAUUUGCUAUGUCGGCGGCAUCGUUGUCACCGCGAUCUUGAAACCACUUGCAGCAACACCACCACCCUGAACGACGGGAUAGCUGGUGGCGGAGAAGGAGCUUACAACCCCCCCUCCACUUCCCUCAACCCCCACAGGUGCGGCUCAUCAACCGUCAAAUCCGGCCCUAGCACCACCGCCAACACUGACGACUAUCACCACCGCCACCACACGUCGUCGCUAGGAGGGAUCAACUUGUACGCCAUCUCCCUGUAUCGCAUUGAAGAAGCCGACGUGUUCAUCCAUCGACCGCUGGGAUCGGGGGCGUUUGCAGACGUCAUGCUCGGCGACUACAAAGGUCGAGAGGUAGCCGUGAAGCGGCUGCUGCCCGGCCGGGCGACGGUUCGCGAAGUGCAAGCCCUGGUGGAUGAAAUCACGCUCUUGGCGGGGUUCUCGUCGCCUUACAUUGUCGAAUUUGUGGGGGCGACGUGGGACAAACCCAUCGACUUGGCGUGUGUGUUGGAGUUUAUGGACCUGGGCGACCUGCGCCACUACUUGAGCCAUCAAAGACCCAGGGAGUUUCUGUGGCAGGACAAAUUGGCGUGCAUACACAAUAUCGUGGAAGGGUUGGUGUACCUACAUUCGUUCCCAAUCAUCCACCGCGACUUGAAGUCUCGAAACAUCCUUCUCGACUCGACCAAGGGCACAAAGCUCACGGAUUUUGGAGUGUCGAGGGAACAAAGCCAAGAAACCAUGACCAACGGCGUCGGGACGGGCAGAUGGAUGGCCCCGGAGAUCCUCAAGUACAACCACUACUCGGUGGCCGCCGAUAUCUUUUCAUUCGGCAUGAUCUUGUCCGAACUGUCGACCCACCAGUUGCCGUACACGGAUCGGUUGAAUCCGUACGACGGCAAGCCGUUGAUUGACACGGCGGUGAUGGCCAUGGUCAUCUCGGACGAGAUUAAACCCACGUUUGCACCCGACAUGCCCAUGUUUUUAAAAGACAUGGCCAUGCACUGUAUCGCACACGAAGCCACAGAACGUCCCACGGCCGCCGUCUUGUCGUACACCCUUCGACAGCACAUGACGGGGACAAUAGAAGAAGAAACAUCGUAGUGUGUGUGUGAGGCUUGAUAGUACAAAUACUCAGUAAUUGUACUGUAGGACGACUUUAUCCAAAUCAAUAAUGUCG